UAGUCAUCAAGCGAGUUCCGCUACUGCUGCAUGUGUAAUUGGAAGAUAUUUUAUUUUUUGAAAAUUGUCAGAGUUUUCUCCGAAAUCUUUACAAAUAAAAUUAAUUUAUUUAACAAUAGUCGCGUAAUUGUUACUUGAUUUUGAGCGAAAAGGAAGUAAUAUGUUUUGUUUGAUUAGUGGUUGAAAUUUUAUAAGGUCUCUUUUUAGCGGAUUUUCUUUUUGGAACACAUUCUACGAGAAAAUGGAAGACGGGAAGUGGAAUGAUCGAGUGAUACUGAAUGUCGGUGGUGUUCGACACGAAACGUAUAAAACGACGCUGAAGAAAAUUCCAGCUACCCGAUUAUCACGGUUAACAAAGGCAUUAGUGAAUUACGAUCCGGUUUUGAAUGAAUACUUUUACGACAGGCAUCCAGGCGUUUUCGCACAAGUGCUUAAUUAUUAUCGCACAGGAAAGUUGCAUUAUCCCACGGAUGUGUGCGGUCCACUUUUUGAAGAGGAACUGGAGUUUUGGGGUCUUGAUUCGAACCAGGUAGAGCCGUGCUGUUGGAGCACAUAUAGCAUUCACCGAGACACGCAAGCCACCCUGGCGAUUCUCGAUAAGCUCGACAUUGAGAGUGAGAAACUCAGCGGUGAAGAAAUCGCGCGGCUUUUGGGGUUUGAGGAAGAUUAUCACAGAGGAACCUUGACGAGAUGGCAAAAGCUACGAUCUCGCAUUUGGGUUCUUUUCGAUGAGCCGUACUUAUCGUCGACAGCCAAAUGCAUAGCUUGUGUAUCGGUGUUCUUCAUUUGUCUGUCAGUGCUCUGCUUUUGUGCGAAAAACCAAACACCGGUGGAACCAUCGAACAAUAAACGAGACUAUGAAAAUCAUUCGGAUAAUAGUGAAACCGCUGGUCCGCAUCGAGCAUUUUUCUAUCUGGAACACGCUUGCAACGCUUGGUUCACCGUGGAAAUAGUACUGCGUAGUCUCGUAAGCCCCAGCCUAAGGCGUUUCGCCAUGUCGCCGGUCAAUGCGAUCGAUCUGGUGGCGACGAUGAGCUUCUACACAGAAUUCCUGGCGGAACCGAAUCUUUAUCUGGAACUCCUGUCAAUAGCGCGCGUCCUACGACUAUUCAAGUUGACGAGGCACUCGCCCGGGUUUAGAAUCCUUAUUCAUACCUUUAAGGCAUCCGCCAAAGAGCUGGCCUUACUAGUCUUCUUCCUCGUGCUAGGAAUCGUGCUUUUCGCCAGUCUCAUAUUCUAUGCUGAACGCUUGCAGGAAAAUCCUCACAACGAUUUUGACAGCAUACCGCGAGGUCUGUGGUGGGCCUUAGUUACUAUGACUACUGUAGGCUACGGUGAUAUGACACCGAAAACUUUUCCCGGCAUGUUCAUCGGCGGACUGUGCGCUCUCGCCGGUGUUCUUACUAUCGCACUCCCGGUUCCGGUCAUUGUCAGCAACUUUUCCAUGUUCUACUCGCAUACGCAGGCGCGCAGUAAGCUACCAAAACAAAGAAGGAGGGUUCUACCUGUUACUCCAAGGCGAACAAGGUCGCUGUAUCACAGUUAUGUUGACAGCAAGGAUCAUCAAUUUCUAGCGGAUUCAACUUCUAAAUCAAUAGUGGGUUUAACAGCUCCAUCAAUAAAGAAAAUAUACACUUUCUACGUUACAUACAAUAUUUUGCGACUAACAAUUUCCAAGCAUAGCAAUAAAUCUGCCAGAAGUACGUGCGAAGGCAAUUACAAAAUCGGAAAGCAUGGACGCUUCAGCACUGAAUAGAAAUUUCUGUCAAAGUGAAAAUAAUAUAAUCAAUCAGUUUGAUCAGGAAAUGUAUCUUCGGCAGGACAAAAUGCCGCUUGCGUCCAAUUGUAC